AUGUCGUCAGCUAAAACAUCCGAUCUCGAAGUAGAUGACAUAAGUGAUAUCGACAUAACACUGCUGACUCUCAGGAAACCUACGGAAUUGAAAAAAGUCAUCGAGUCCAUACCGAAACCCAAUCGUGCUGUUCCGAAGAAUGGAUUGCCACUCUGGUAUAGACUCGGACUCGAGUGUAAAUUGCCAGUACCGAAAAUGCCGGAAGGAAAAAUCGUAUUUUCUCGCGGGAAAAUCGGCGAAGACGUACGUCGACUCGGCUUGGGCGGCGGACCGCGUCCUACAUUUAAUUUAGCGGACCCUUAUUGUUACAAUGUCUCGUACGAUUAUGUCCCUGAACACGACCCGCAUUUAGCUCACCAUUUCGCACAAAAGCCAGCCAGGAAAAGGAUGAAAAUAUUAGGCUUUUGCACUAAAGAUGGUAGGGCAGUCUGUUCCUUAAAAGAAUUCAAUCAGUAUAGAAAAUAUUUGUACAAUCAAUUCAUGGAUCGGAUUCAUAUGGAAAUGAAAAAGUUGGAUGAGCGCGCUCGCGAUGAUCUUACCCUCAAACGCGUGGACGUGGAUGUCGCUCGACGGCAGCAGAUCUUCACAAAAGUGGAGCGAGCGAGGGAACACCUCGAAAAAGUCGCAAAGGAGCACGCUGAUGAGUGGGCUGAGAAGAAGAGACUAGCGAAAGAACAAGAAAAGAAAAUUCAAGCCAGAAUGAAAUAUUUGGCAGAAUUUAAUGAAAAACAACGCAAGGAACGUGCUGCACGAGCGCACGAAAAAGAAAAUCGUAUCAAACAAAGAGUACAGGCAGCGGCUGAAAUGGAACUCCGAAGAAAGAUAACAAUGGUACGGCAGUGGAGGGCCAACGAGAAGAAAAGGUUGAAUAGGUUAAAGCAAGAAAGAGAAGCAAAACAAAAGCGCUUAGAAGAUGAGGCUAACAAUAAAUGGCAAGCACGAGUCAGUGCUCAAAACCAAAAAAUUCAAGAAGAAGCAAUUCUUUUGAAAUUGUACACAGAUGACAUGAACGCAGCUGCAAUGAGGAGAGCCAAAAAAGCAGAGAUAUACGCAUACAAUACAGACUUGGAGCUACAGCGUAUCAGACUCGCGAACUUCAAACUGAUGCACGGCGGCACGGCGAAAGCGGCUCAGCUCGUUAGGAAAAUGGGCAUUGAAUUCGAAAAGUCGAAACGUGGAGCAAAAGGCAUGAGCCCCGAGCUAGCACAGCGGCUGGCGGUGGAGGCGAUGACGUCAGCGGUGUCCGCGCAAGGCGACGCGCUCAUGACGCUCGGGCAGGCACGCGCGCGCAUGGACAUGGAGACCGUUCUACCGACUGCGCCUAUCAAACUGCUGGAUGAGGUUCUUGAAACCGCUAUAACGGAGUUUGCAAGAAGACACGUUAAUCAACUGUUGCGAGAUAUCCAACACUCUGUGCACUCAAGAGCUGCUCUCAUAUUCUUCCAAAGCAUACGCCCAAGUCCUGUUAAAAAGAAGACAUCUAAGCCGCCGCGCUGGUCGCUUCAAGUAGCAGCAGAGAUGGAACGACAACAAGUCCGAGCACGUGGAGCUUCCAUUGUGUUUGGGGAGAUCGUCAGCCAUGCCGCUGAAGAGUACACCGAGUUUGAUCUGAAGAGUGUUAAGGAUAGACCACCAACGCCUGUGCCGUCCAAGACGAAGCUCGCUGAAGUAACAUUCUCGGAUCGCGUCGAAGACCUCCCCGACCCUGUGUCGGUGGCGUCGUACUUGCCCGAGAGAAGGAAAUUGCUCGAGAUGGUAAACGUGGCAGCUAGACUCAUGUCUCGCUCCGUAGCGCAACGGGUUAUGAAGGGCAUGGACGUAACUGUGGGCAAAGUUACUUUACCGAACAUGAGGCAUCCGAUGGAUUGGGGCGAGGCGGUGGAGGGGCUGGCGGGCGCGGUGGUUGACAACCGCGUGCGCGCCGACAGCGCCGACGUGCGCCGCGCGAGCGAGUUCCUGGCGCACCGCGUGCUGCGGGCGCUGCUGCUGGAGAUGAGGCGGGAGAAGAUGAGACGGAAAUUAAGCUUUUCGACCGAAGAACAAAAGGACUUCUAUGUUCCUGAUAAGGUGGUGGCAGGAUGAAAGUUUUUUUAACUUUUAUUGGUACUUUGUUUUCUUUUCUUUUUCUACUUAUGUUAUACGUUUGUUUGGAUACCUUUACCUAAACGUUUUUAAAUUUACAUUUUUUCAAAUUGAUUCGUUUGUUACUACAAUUUUUUUCGUAAUACAAAUUACUU